GCCAAACACUUUCAAGAAAGUUUUUUCCCGCCUUGACUCUGAUUGGCCAAGGGGCGGAGGGGGUUUCCUUUUGAUGGUCUGUGGAACGGCGCGAUCUGUUCUGAUUGGACAGUGCUUGCCCCGGGUAUAAAAACUGCCGGAGCCGGGCGCGCGAAGGGAAAGAAAGGCCGGCGUUAGGUGAAUCUGCCUGGGCAAGGACUUGGAAUCGGAGCCAUGAACUGCCUGAUGAUGCCGGGAGUGCAGCCGGGGUCGCCCCUUAAGGCCCGCGGACAGAUCCAGGCACGUAGAAGUUGGUGCCAUUGUAUGUGACAGAACUUUGAGCUGUAGGGGUUUAUUAAUGGGAGCGGCUGAUAGUUCUGAGGCUGGAGGUUCGCCUUUAUGGUGAUAUUUUCGGGGCCCUUGGCUUUGCGGGGUACUGGAGAGGAGAGCGAGGGAGAGGUUUUGGGUAGCAACCUCGAUUGCGGAACUGGGGGUGCGAAAGCGAUAUUCGCCUCUCCGGCUCCGAAUGGGAGUAAAGGCUACGUGAGGGCGCUGGAAGGGCACAGCUGGAUCUGACCAAAGGGCCCCUCUAGCCCACCAUCCUGUUCUCACGAUGCAGAUGGGAAGGGCAUGGGCCCAAUGCCAUCUUCUCUCUUGGGAUUCCUGGGAUGUGGCAUUUAGAGAACUGCUGCCUCUGAUAAAGGAGGGGCUCUUGUUAGAAGAAGGGGAGUUCGGAUUUGAUAUCCCGCUUUAGCACUACCCUAAGGAGUCUCAAAGGGAUGCGGAUGGCGCUGUGGGUUAAACCACAGAGCCUAGGGCUUGCCAAUCAGAAGGUCGGCAGUUCGAAUCCCCACCACGGGGUGAGCUCCCGUUGCUUGGUCCCUGCUCCUGCCAACCUAGCAGUUCGAAAGCACGUCAAAGUGCAAGUAGAUAAAUAGGUACCGCUCUGGCGGGAAGGUAAACGGUGUUUCCAUGCGCUGCUCUGGUUCGCCAGAAGCGGCUUAGUCAUGCUGGCCACAUGUACGCCGGCUCCCUCGGCCAAUAAAGCAAGAUGAGCACCGCAACCCCAGAGUCGGUCAUGACUGGACCUAAUGGUCAGGGGUCCCUUUACCUUUAAGGAAUAUCAAAGAGGCUAACAAUCUCCUUUCCCUUCCUCCCCCACAACAAACACUCUGUGAGGUGAGUGAGGCUGAGAGACUUCAGAGAAGUGUGACUAGCCCAAGGUCACCCAGCAGCUGCAUGUGAAGGAGCAGGGAAUCGAACCCGGUUCACCAGAUUACAAAUCCACUGCUCUUAACCACUAUACCACACUCCCUCUUGUAGGGAUUGCUGGCUUAAAAAGAGCUCAGUCUAGUUCAGCAACCUGUUUCUGAUUGCAGCCAUUCAUCUUGCAACCUGUAUAUUUGGUACUUAGCUUUAAGAAGAAAACAUUCCUAAAUCUAUUUUCCCCUCCACCUCUAUAGGUCAUCUUCGGACCCAUGUUCUCAGGGAAAAGGUAUGUACACUAAAGAUUUGAAAUAAGUGCUGCUGUUAUUUGUACUGGUAAUCUGGAUGUUGGGCCUAGCACACCAGUUUUGUUAACUGGCGUGGCUGAUCUGUAUGUAACAUGGAUACUACAAGAGGAACAAAUGGCUGGAGUUCUACCUGCUUGAUCACCACUACGCUACUGCUUCCUCCCUCAGUCAGUAAGCUAGAGGUGAAAAUAUAUCAAGGCAUAGGCUAAUGGGCUGCAAAUCCUUCAAUGAGUGCAAAAGUGGCACUGUCUCCUAUGCUGGAUUUGCACCUUGCUUGCCCAAAAAAGUUUGCUUUCUAUAAAAUAGGCUCUGGCCAGCAUUUGCUCUUACCAGAGCAAAUAAUGGGUCAUGCCACUUGGCAGACAAAUUGAAUGAAACCUUGCCAUGCCCUAGCCAAUCAAGCCAAACUGUAGGGCAAGGAGUAGAUCCCAUGGACUGAAUAGAGGCAAUUGCCAUUUCUUUACUCUUCACCUCUAAACUUACAGUGCUGCCUUCUCUAGAACAAAAACCAAUUUCUUAAAAUGCAUUGUCUCCGCCAGAGCUGGGAGGGAAAUGUGUUUUGCAUGAUUGUAGGUGUUAUCUUUAGUAAUGAAGUGACUAAAGCAGUCAGUCUUGUGCUUUUGUAAUUUCCCUCAUGUAGCAGCUGCAGCUUUUUUGACUCGCAAUAGAGCCACAUGUGCCCUUCUAGUAGAAGAGCUUGUUUCUCUCUGACCAGAAACACGUUAGUCUUUCCUGGGUUAUGCUUGCCACUGGACAUCUCCAUUCUUGUUUUGCAGCACUGAACUCAUGCGCCGGGUCCGCCGAUUCCAAAUUGCACAGUACAAAUGUCUGCUGAUCAAGUAUUCCAAGGACACACGCUACUGCGUCAAUGGCGUCUCCACACAUGACAGGUAAAUUGCUAAAAUGUCAGGGCCAAUCUAUACAGUGUAUAUGCUUGGGAAAUUUCAAGCAGGCACACCAUUUUUCACAAACUGUUAUCUUAAACUGUUGGCACUGUAAUGCUUUGCUAUAAUAUAUGACCUCAGGGGAUUCAGUCUGGGGAUUCAAGCAUCUUCCCUGUCUAAGUCUUCUCUCACGUAGCUGCUAUUUAGAUUGGAGAGCAUUCUGCAAGUGCCACUGGAAAAUGAACUCUUUGCCAUGGAGUAGGCUUAUAACCAAAGCAAUCCAAUUAUCACAAAUAUUUCUGUUUCUAUGUAGGAAUACCAUGGAAGCCUAUUCAGCUUGUUGUCUCAAAGAUGUGCAUCAAGAGGCCCUUAACGCUGCUGUGAUUGGCAUCGAUGAAGGCCAGUUUGUAAGUUCUUUUAUCUUCUCAGAAUAAUGAAACACAUGUUGUAGAUAUUUUUUCCACAUUAUGCUAUUUUUGUGAUACACAGAUGACAUGAGAAAUCUUGGCAUACUUGUUUGUAUAACAUUACUCUUGUUUAUAAAAUAAACAAUAUAUAAAUAAAAUAAAUCUGGCUUGGGUCAACAGUCAAGCACUACCGCAUAAGUCUGUUUCACAGCUCUAUGGGGACUUGGGCUGCCAUUUUAUGCUCCUAGAAUAAGCCCCAUUGAGCUCAUUGGGACUUCUGAGUAGAUGUAGGAUUGCAGUCCUCUUUUACACAGAACAGUACAGUGGUACCUCGGGUUACAGACGCUUCAGGUUACAGACUCCGCUAACCCAGAAAUAGUACCUCAGGUUAAGAACUUUGCUUCAGGAUGAGAACAGAAAUCGGGCUCCGGCGGCACAGUGGCAGCAGGAGGCCCCAUUAGCUAAAGUGGUGCUUCAGGUUAAGAACAGUUUCAAGUUAAGAACGGACCUCCGGAACAAAUUACGGUAAGUACUUAACCUGAGGUACCACUGUAACAUGGAAGGGGUUGCUAUGAAUACCAAAUACUGGGAAUCGCAGGUGUCUAGAGUGCUGUUGUGCUGGUGUCCUCUUUGUGGGUUUCCAGCAAGCAUCUGGUUGGCCACUGUGAAAAUAGGAUGUUGGACUAGAUCCAGCAGGCUCUUAUGUAUCAUUGCUAAAUAGAAUGUAGUUCAAUUCUAACAACAUUCCUGCAGUAAUUGGAGUACAGUGGUACCUCAGGUUAAGUACUUAAUUCGUUCCGGAGGUCCGUUCUUAACCUGAAACUGUUCUUAACCUGAAGCACCACUUUAGCUAAUGGGGCCUCCUGCUGCCGCCAGAGCCCGAUUUCUGUUCUUAUCCUGAAGCAAAGUUCUUAACCUGAAGCACUAUUUCUGGGUUAGCAGAGUGUGUAACCUGAAGCGUAUGUAACCUGGAGUGUAUGUAACCCGAGGUACCACUGUACAUCUUUAUCUAGAACACACACAGGUUGCUGCUAGUGGGUUCUCUGGAAGUUAUUUUCUUGACCGUGUUGGCAGUGUUAGCUGAACUUGGACAAUGUAUUGCUGAAAGAUUAGGAGAGACAUUAAUUUAAAGGGGUGUAGAGCAGGGGUGAAAACGUAAAUGAACAAUCCACUGGUCAGUUCUUGGUGUGGACUGCACUGUGGCUGCUGGUAUUCUUGUCAAGAAUGCAGGAGUAGGUGGAGAUUGAUCUGAUAUAGUGUUGCUUGUCUCCCUAAGAACAAGUGCGUGUUUCAGAUUGUUACACAAAUUAGCUGUCUAAUAGCUGUUAAGAGACCCUGAGGAUGUACUCUUGCUUUGUACAUGUAAAAUGCGUUAGUAGACCUUGGGAGUUUUAAUGAAAACAAAGAAACUCAUAUAUACAAGACUGAUCUCGGCUCACCCAUGUUGAGUAUGUGGAGAUGGAUGAGCAACAAACAAUUUUAAUUUAAAAGCUUAUUGGGCGAUAAUUGCCUGUCUUGGACCAUGAGAAGCCCACACUACAGCUGGCCCACCCCUUUAAAGACUUUUUGGAAAUUCAGGUGAUGUGAUGGUGGUAGCAGCAGGCUUGCCAGGUAUAGUGGUACCUCGGGUUACAUACGCUUCACGUUACAGACUCCGCUAACCUAGAAAUGUUACCUUGGGUUAAGAACUUUGCUUCAGGAUGAGAACAGAAAUCGUGUUCCGGCGGUGCGGCAGCAGCAGGAGGCCCCAUUAGCUAAAGUGGUGUUUCAGGUUAAGAACAGUUUCAGAUUAAGUACGGACCUCUAGAACGAAUUAAGUACUUAACCCAAGGUACCACUGUAUUGAUCUUGGGGCCUUCUGCAAAAAAGAGAGAUAGAGAGAGAGCAUGUGAUCUAUCACCAAGCCAUCAUCCUUUCCUCCCAUAAUUGAGACCUUUCUAGCAGUAGCAGAUAGGGUUCCCAUCACGGAAUACCUUAAAGUAUUCAGUUAGAGAACGUGAGACCUGUUGGCUCCCUUAAUUUCGCUUUAAACAUAGGUGGAUUAAGGUACAGUCCUAUACUAUUACCUUGGGAGCAAGUCCUAAUGAAUGCUUAUUUCUGAAUAGGUAUGUGUGGGCCGGAGUUAGCCAAUGAGGGUGGGCUACAGCUUCUGUCAUCCUGACCAUUGGCUAUGUUGGCUGAAGCUGAUGGCAACUGUAGUUCAGCAACCGCAAGAGACCACACCACAUUGGCUAUUCUCCCCACCCCAUAGGCUUUCGCUGUAAGAGUACCAUGCAAAUACUCUUAAGAAUACUCUUAAGAGGAUGCCACCGUCUCCUCACAACCAAAGAACUGGUUGUGUCACAUGUAGUCCUAUGAAUUUCUAAGAGAUACGACUUGUCCUCUGUGGAGGAACAUAACUUUUCCCCUCUGUUCCUGUCUAGUUUCCAGACAUUGUAGAGUUCUGUGAGGCAAUGGCCAAUGCGGGGAAGACUGUCAUUGUGGCCGCUCUUGAUGCAACCUUCCAGAGAAAGGUAAACCUCUCUAAAUUCUUAAUUUUCUCUUCCUGCUGGUAUGUGUCCCAACCCAACGAUGCAUCUGGUUGUUUCACUGCAGGCCUUUGGCAACAUCUUGCAGCUGGUCCCUUUAGCAGAGAGUGUGGUGAAACUAAACGCCGUCUGCAUGGAGUGUUACCGUGAAGCCUCUUACACAAAGAGGCUGGGAACAGAGAAGGAGGUAAGAGUCCACUGCACUUUCCUUCUCAGAAAGGUUCCUUUCCAUCUGUGAGGCAGAAAUGUGCCUGCUAUCAGUCUGGCAGCAGAAAAGUGCUUUUUACCUGUUGAGUAAUUAACACUUCUCUCCUUUAGGUGGAAGUGAUAGGAGGAGCAGACAAGUACCAUUCAGUCUGCCGUGUCUGCUACUUCAAGAAGCGGCCGCAGCAGCAGGCAACCGACGACAAAGAGAAUCUGCCGGGAGGAAAUAAGCAGCUAGAUAUUGCUGGUUCCCGAAAGGCUUUGGCUGCUCGUCAGAUCAUGCAGUGGAGCCCAUCACACUGAACUAGGAAAGUGACAGCCCUUUUCUUCUGUGGGGUUAAUUGUUCUUCAUUCCAACCCUAUACCGUUAAAAAGGUGUGCGGAUCAAAGGACAAUACUAGUGAAAGUACUAGAAAGAGUGAACUGCUUUUAAAAGUGGAAAUGAGGCUGGGGCAUGUUGCAAAAGGCUAAUAAUUUAGGUGUGCUAAAAACCGAAAGCUCAUCUCUUAGUGGCUUCACAUUUAUGGGGAAAGACUUCCUACUGUCUCAUAGAACUGGGUGUUUCCUCUAUGUUCACUAGCAGAACCUGUUUCCUAGUCAAACUAGAAUAUUAUUUAUACCUUAAAGCCAUUGUCUCUUAUUUCAGCAAACACCAGUGUCCUUGUUAAACAGUUUACCUUGGAAGGGCUAGUCUCUCUCCCAGUCUUUCACCCUUCUUGAACAUGGAAUAUGGAACAUAAUGUUCAACUCUAGACUAACUGCCUGAGCAGAACAUUUCUUCAAUUCUAUGUGUAUCUUUCUGAUCUAACAUCUAGCUACAUGUUGGGUAUAUAGCAUAGUUCUGUGAGGCUUCCAAACUAACAAAAUUAUUACUAAUCCUGCAUAAGUUAUGAGGCCUCUGCUUUUCUGUAGAAGGGUUUGGUAGAUAUAAUGUGUCUCCAGAAGUGGGCAAUAAGCAAUUCUUAUGUUCUUUGUAGUCUUGGCUUUAAGAUUUUGUGUGCUGUGUCAGGCCUUUACUUUCCUAAUUUAUUCAGGAUGGCCGAGAGCGUCAAUCAUGUUCAUUAUAUAUGAAGCUUGGGGCAUGUACCUGUCGUAUAACUUCUGGCAGUUCGAUCUUACUGUCUUCUGCAUGAUGAAUGGUAGUAGCUAUUUCUGCAUUUGAUUCAGCAAACCAUCAGUUUUGCACUUAAAACAUGCCCUAAGACUGCUCUGCUGCCACUUCUGUUUCCCAUGAAUAUUUGCUGUCUUCUCCCAUAGUGAUCAAUUAAGAGAAAAAUGUUUUAUUCAUCAGGCUAUUUUAAUAAAUUAGUACUGAAUGUC